UCAUAGGUUUGCUUUAGCGAUGAUUUUAAGAAAUCAAUGGCUAGAAUAAAGAAUGUAGAUGUCCGGAAGGAAGUGCUUUCCCUUUUAGAAAAGCUUUCAAGUGGGUGGCGACUGCAUCAUGAAAAGGACAAAGUUCUCGACAUGAAUGGGACUUCUUCUGAGCUGUUGGAGCUGGACAAGGUCAAUGGAUUACUGAAUCUCGCUUGGAGCGUGGACAUUGUCAAAGAAAACUCAGAAGACGUCCAGGUUCUAAAGGUCUGGGACAUUCUUCCAUUGUCUGACAUACCAAAACUAGCAAACUGUCUUGACACUGUAUUUGGGAAUUAUACAGUCGAUUUUAUGAACCGCUGCAAAUGCAAAAGAUUUGGAGGGAAUUUAGCAAUCCCAGUGACAUGGCCAGCUGACUCAAGUGCUGGUAGGAAGACUUUUUUGGCUGAUGAUGAUCAUAUGUGGUUCUUAGAAAGCCAAGUAGCUUCACUAACGCUGUGUUUGGUUGGAGGAUUUGAGGAGGGAUUUAGAAAGAGAAAGGGAAAAGUUAGGUGAAAUGUGAAUAAAAUGUACCUACAUUUCACAUAGUUUCACACACCUUUUCCCUUUCCCUUUCCAAAUCCCUCCCCAAAUCCCUCAACCAAACACAGCAUAAGUCUAAAUCAUGCGCCAGGAUCUUCAACUAAUAGAAAUCGUGUGAGGUCUAAAAUGAAGAGUUAUGGAAAUUACUUUGGAAUGAAGAAGAGAUGGGACAGAGGAGCACAACAGUAGAGAGUGCAGAACAACAUUUGGCUUCAUGGGAAUAUUCGAUAAGCAAGAAAUCCGCCUACAAACAAAGAUUCAAGUCACAGAUUGCUGCUAUACCCUUGUUUGGUGAUGCAUUUUGAUUUCAAAAAGAUUAAAAACAUUUUAUUGGUUAGACUACAUUUAUUCAGCUAUGGCUAAAUUGUUCUAAGUCGUUGCUAGUUAAUUGUAAUUGGUUUUGUUGCCCUUGUUUCUUAUACUAACUUUUUGGUCUCUUCUAUUGUUUCAUGUUGUUGAUAUUGAUAAGUUGAGGUUUGGUUUAUUUGUGUGUUUGGUUCAUAAAUCAUGGAGUUGGUAAAGGUAAACUGAAUUAUAUGUUUCUCUUCUCUCUCUUUCUUAAAUUUUGGCUAUUUAAUAUUUUAAUUAAGUAUGAAAACAUGAAAUAAAAACAAACUUCCUUUUUCCUUACCAUCUCUAAGAAUCAAAAGAUUUUUGCGAGAUGAUACACACAGGCAUGGAAAUAUUUCUGUUAGGAAUAAUGUUGUUUAAUCAUUGUUUAUUAAAAAAAAAUUAUCGCAUUGCUCAAUGCUCCACUUUAAUAACCAAAUAACAUUUCAACAAAAUACUAAAACAAAAUUUGAUAAGCCCCACUAUAAAAACAGGAGGCAACAUUUUUACACCCCUUUUUGCUCAGUUCGCACACUUAAAAUUAAUAAAUUUUAAAUUACAAUUGUACCAUCAACCCAAAUGACUAAUAAGGUUAUUAACAAACAUGCCGGAACUAUCAAUUUUUGUUCAGUAGUUGUUAUCCAAAACAAGAGUGAAAAUUUUGAAUGAUGUAAUCUAAUAGACCUUUCAAUUUUUUUGGCAAACUACACAUUGCGUCCGAAAGAAACAUUAAAUUAUCUUCCUGACAAAAAAGCCGGCUAUUGCUAAACUAACCAUUUUUGCUUAGGAAAAUGAACUGUAGCUUGAAUACUUAGGCUCGAAAACUGGCUCGAAACCCAAAACGACAUCGUUUUAGGUUUCUUCAAGAGGAAGAGAAGAAGAUGGGUGAUGGCGGUGAUCGCCGCUUUCAGACUCUGUUUCUCUUUUUUUUUUUUUUUUUUCUGGUAGAUCUGAAUCUGAAAAUGAAAGGGAAAAAAAAAAUUUGUUAGCUAAUGAUGAUGUGUUGAUGAAGCUGUUGAUUUUAUUUAUUUUAUUUAUUUAUUUAUUUUUUCAUCUGAAUCUAAAGAUGAAUGGUUGUUUUUGUUUUUGUUUUUUAUUUUUUUUGUUGAAGGAACGACUGCAGAAAAUGGAGAUUCUUGGAAGUGUGCUCCACUGUGGGAUCAGUGGUGAUUGUUAUCCGUGCACCUCAAGAACAAACCCCAAAUUCUGUACAAGAAAUUUGGACUUUCGCAACUCAACCAGGUUUUGGGUUUAAACUAUUUUUGGGUUUGCAACUCAAGCAGCUGCAGUAUCAAUAGUCAUAGCUUUGAUUCUGUAUUUUGAACCACGCUGUGGGCAGACGCUACUCCCUUGCCUCUUUUCUUCUUCUUCUUCUUCUGCUUCUUCUUCAUC